GCGCACUUUGCUUUUGUAAAAUUCGUAUCCACGCAUUUCAUAUGCGGGCUUUGCUGCAUAUCCUCGGAAGCCAAUUGGAUCCUUUCUCUUUCUAUUCCCACAAAACCACAAUCCAAUUUCCUCAUUCUUUGGAUUCCAAUUCUGACCUCUUCAUCAUUUUCUCUUCUCCGUCCACCGCCUUUUCUCUCUCUAUAUAUCUCUAUCUGCUCGCCUAACUUCUCUCUCUAUAAGUAGUUUGGUGAUUGGUGAUUGGUGAUUGGUGCUGGCUGCAUUCAUAUACUAGUGUAGUGGGUACUAGAUUUUUUUGCGUUUUAAUGUGUCCCGAGGUUUCUGGACUCUGUAUUAAUGGUGUUGUCUUUAUACUAUAGCUCUGGAUUCAUGUUUACUGCAACUUGUUCGUCACCUGGUUACUGGGUUGCUUCUCUUUUUCCUUGUUGUUUUGUUGAGUUGCGCAUAGGUAAAUGAUUUUGCAGUCGGGGUGUUCGUCGAAAGGCGGCUGCGAUUUUUCGAGGAAUUUCUUGGUUUUUUCGCCUCUUUGCCCAUGUAGGGGGAAAGUGGCGCUGGUUCCGGGGCGGAGAUGGAAUCCGAAUCGGGGGAAGAAAUGGGUGUUUCUUCGGGCUUGCGUUAAUAGCGGCGGCGACCACCACAGUUUCAGCUUGGAGCUUUCGGGUUCGGCUCGCGAUGGUGCCAGGAACAUUGUGAUUAAGAGGUUUGCCGAUGAAUUCGAUGCUUCUAGUGUUACUGCUAGUGGGGGAAGCACUAAUUUUGCUAGCUUUCAAGAGGACCCAAUUGUAGAUAAGUUGAGGACCCAAUUGGGGGUUAUACAUCCAAUGCCUUCUCCUCCUAUUAAUCGCAGUAUUUUGGGGCUUUUUGCGUUCUUUUUCUUCGUGGGAGUGGUUUUUGAUAAGGUAUGGACUUCCAGGAAGAAGAAUAGCAACGGCAAACUGGAUAAAACGGUAGCUUGGCCGCAGGUACCCACAAACCUCUCGUCUUUUCUGGAGAAGGAUUUGCAGAGGAAGGAAUCAGUGGAGUGGGUGAACAUGGUGUUAGGGAAGCUCUGGAAGGUAUACAGGGCUGGGAUUGAGAAUUGGAUCAUUGGUUUGCUCCAGCCUGUUAUAGAUGAUCUUAAGAAGCCUGAUUAUGUGGAGAAGGUUGAAAUCAAACAGUUCUCUCUUGGGGAGGAGCCACUUUCUGUUAGGAGUGUUGAACGAAGAACAUCUCGUCGUGCCAAUGACUUGCAGUACCAAAUUGGCCUCCGGUAUACUGGUGGUGCACGCAUGCUUUUAAUGCUGUCUCUAAAGUUUGGCAUUAUUCCUGUUGUUGUGCCAGUGGGUGUACGGAACUUUGAUAUUGAUGGUGAACUUUGGGUUAAAUUGAGGUUAAUACCCACAGAACCUUGGGUAGGAGCUGUUUCAUGGGCUUUUGUUUCUCUUCCAAAGAUCAAGCUUGAUUUAUCUCCUUUUCGCUUGUUUAAUCUAAUGGCAAUUCCUGUUCUCUCAAUGUUUUUGACAAAACUUCUAACUGAGGAUUUACCUCGCCUCUUUGUGCGCCCAAAGAAGAUUGUUUUGGAUUUUCAAAAGGGAAAGGCAGUUGGUCCUGUUACAAAUGAUUCCAAUGAGCCAAAUGAAUCUAAAUCUGCUGAAGUACAAGAAGGGAAUAGAGACUUUGUUGGAGAACUAUCUUUAACUAUUGUAGAUGCACAGAAGCUAUCUUACAUCAUCUAUGGUAAAACUGACCCAUAUGUUGUUCUGAGACUUGGAGAUCAAGUAAUACGCAGUAAAAGAAACAGUCAAACUACUGUUAUUGGGCCUCCUGGUGAACCUAUUUGGAAUCAGGAUUUUCACAUGUUAGUGACAGAUCCUAGUAGACAAAAGCUUUAUGUUGAAGUGAAGGAUUCCCUUGGAUUUGCAGAUGUGACUGUUGGUAGAGGGGAGGUUAAUCUUGGGUCAUUCAAAGAUACAGUACCUAUGGAUGUGGUUGUGGGCCUAGGAGGUUGGGGCUUAUUUAGUCCGCGGCCAGCUGGAGAAAUCUUACUGCGAUUGACAUAUAAGGCAUAUGUUGAUGAUGAAGAUGAUGAGAAGACUGUUGUAAGAUCCUUGGAUGGAGAUGUAUCAGAUGAUGAGUUGUCUGACUCUGAGCAAUUGGACACUAAUGUCUCUGAGCAGAUCGGAGUGAAGUCUUAUAGUGAAUUGGAUAAAGAAUCGUUUAUGGAUGUUCUUGCCGCUUUAAUUGUUAGCGAGGAGUUUCUAGGUAUAGUAUCAUCUGAAACCGCGAAUGGCAAAUAUGUAGAUGAUGUUAAAAGUGCAGUGCCAACAUCCACGUUACGAAGUCCUCCUGCCAGACCUCCACCGCAAAGCCCUGAAAGUGGCAGUGAAAGUUUUAGAGGUUCAGCAUUGGUUUGGCUUGCUAUAGUUACGAGUAUCUCAGUCCUCAUUUCUUUGAAUAUUGGUGGUUCGAGCUUUUUCAAUCCAUGAUUGACGAUAUUACUCCAGUAGUCCAGUGAAUGAAUUGUGGAACUCUGGAAGUAACACCAACCACAGUAUAAUUUCGACAAGCCCUUCCGGUGCAUGUACUAUGAAUACAUAUCAAGUUGCUGCUCCUCUCAUAUUUUUCUAUUUGAGGCUGUGCAACUCGUGGUGCAUAUAAUAGAGAAUAAUACAUAUUCUUAAACAUAUUAUACAUAUCAGCAUCCUCCUCCAAAGACGUGAAGAAAAAUUAAGGAAAAAAAAAAGAAAAAAAAAGGUAAUGUUAUUGAGAAAUGUUGGGUUGGAGGAAAAAAGUUUUGGUCCUUUGCUGAGUGUAGUUUAAAUGUCAAAUGUCAAUUCUUUGGUGUCUCUGUUGAUUUUCUUUCACCUAAUGAUUGAUUAUAUAGUGAAUUCCCAAUUCCCAGGUGGUUGGUUUUAAGGUUUUUUUUUAUGUAUUUAUACAAGUGAAUGACAUUUCAUCUUCUUCUCCCCAGACAGACAACCUAUUAGCAACAUGCCAACAUCUGAAGGUUUGAAUGUUUCAGACCCCCUACUAUUCUAUACAUCAAUCCUCUCAUAUCACACAACUACUUGUUAAAUGGUUUACCUCCAAUUAGCAUAUGACAAACAACAUCGAUAAAA